AUAUAAGCACUUCUUUUAAUAUAGUUUAGUGUGAACGCAAUGUGUUCAGAUUUGAUAUUCAGUAUUUCUAUAUAUUUUUUUUUCUAAUCUUUUAAGUGAUGGUGUUAUAAAGUUGGAGCCUAAUUUGAUUAUUUUUAAAAUUCAAACAGAAUAAGUGGCUUUUCAAUAGCGAGUGUAUACGGUGCGUGCUACUUUUUUAGUGCCUAAAAGAUGGAGUGAUUACCUCAUGAAACACGCACGUAGACUAUGGAUGCAAGUAGCCCGGAACCGCAAUUUGUUAAAUAUAUGAGAGUGGCCCAUGUGCAGUUGCUGACUUAAUACUGGCUGUAAUACAGGCUGUAGUGAUAGUGCCCAAAAUUAAAAAAGCUAAAUACGAAGAUGGUUAAAUAAUAUGGAUGGAGCGAUGGAGUUUCAAUUUAUUGUUUGUUCUCACUCGGGCUCCAAUAGUGUGGUAUUCGGAGAAUGACAAAUGCCACUCGUAACGCGACAGCUCCACUGGAAUCAAAACCUGAGACGGAUCCUGAUGAAGUGUUUCAAAUUGUAUGGCUGGUGGGAAUAAGUGUAUCUCUCGUUGGACUGGCUUUGAAAAUCAGCUUCUUUAUCCUCAUUCCGAAAUGUAGAAAUUUUGACGAGGAAGUUUUAUUACAACUGACUAUCGCAAGAACGCUGAACACAAUCUGUGAAUAUUGUAUUAUGUAUGUGAGAAGCAGUAAUGUUAUCAAGGAUAUUAUUUACACGAUGUACAUGCAGACCGACCUCGUUCUAGUGCUUUGGAUGUUUGUGUUCUCAAAAAAUUUGUAUAAUAAAGUGGUCUACGUAUUCCCUGUUGAGAAACCGAACUUAGUUGUUAUGUCGGGCUUAAUAUGGAUAAUAUCCUUACCAGUAGGAUUAAUAUGUCCUUCUCUGUUAAAACUCAAACACAAUGUCUAUUUCAAUAUAUACUAUAAAGUUUACGCCCAUAUUAAAUUAUUUGUCAUUGUUGUUAAUGCGUUAAUCUUCUUCAAGAUUUUCAGUGUUGCCAUUAGAAAGGGUAAAUCAAACGCACAUAGUGUCAAACAUUACGUAAAAACGGCAAUCAUUGCAUUUAUUUUAAUCUGUAUAACAAGUCUUCAAGUUUUGGUAACGGAUAUUUUAUCUUUUUAUUAUUAUUCGUAUACAAUGUUAGUAAAAAUUUUUUGUGUAAUUAAUUCGUUUCAAGUUAUCGCUAUUAGCGUUAUUUUCGUUUCAUUAGUAAAUAGUAAAAGAAAUGAAUCCGCUUUUAGAACCAUAUCUAUACAAUUAAAAGAAUUAGUUGGACAAUCAGCAAAUGUUUAAUUUAUUAUUGCUUUGUAGAACAUAGAGCAACACGGGCCACCGGUGGGUCGGAGUGGAGUAGCCAUACGCAAGCGUUCCCUUCUGUCAAAAUAUAAGUCCACGCGGUCCUGCUUUAUGCAUAUUAAUAAAACUAGUUGCAACCGCACUGCUCACUAAACUAAUUCAGUUUCACGGCCGAAUCUACGUCCUAUAAAAAUGCCGAAUUGUUCAGUAUUUUGCUGCGACAAGAGAUCUGCCACGUCAAAUUUACGAAAAGAUGGCGUUAAUUUUCAUUUAAAAGUAAUUUUAUAAUCAGAUUAUUGCUAUUCAGUUCUUUUUAAACUUAAAUAUUGCAAUAGAAUAGAAUAGCAUAUUUUUUUAUUCAAUAUAGAUCACAUGUAUAAUUCUUAAUGAAAGUCAUUUUUUACUUUACCACAGGUUGGAAAAAAAACCUCUGUCCUGGGAAGAAUCAGCAAGAAACCCAGCGGGACUUAUUUUUAAAGUAAAUUUUACAUGAAUGGAUAUACAAACUAUUAACAAAAUUUAUUACACUUAUAUACAACUAGCUGUUCCCCGCGAUUUCGUUCGCGUGUUAGGGUUUUUAUGUUUUUGCGCGGAACCCUAAUUCUUUUUCUAAAAUGAAAGUAGCCUAAGUUACUUCCUAUGAAAUCAGCUAUCUGCCAGUGAAAGUCCCGUCAAAACCGGUUCAGCCGUUUCGGAGAUUACCCGGAACAAACAGACAGACAGACAGACAGACAGACAGACAAAAAUUUUAGAAAUUGUAUUUUAGUUAUAGGUACCAUAUUUACUUUCAUAUGCAUUUAGUAAAAAACUGUAAUUUUGACAUUACAAACAGACACUUCAAUUUUAUUUAUUUGUAUAGAUUAUAUAAAUAAUAACGGUCGUGUUGUUUCGGAUUAGAUUACCUACACAGGCCGCUCGCCCUUACACAAUAUGCAGAUCGGUCAAGCGACUGAUCCGAGUUCUCGUUGUCCUGUUGUAAAGUAACUAUCUAUGUGUGUGUGUUAAAUUGUUAGUUUAUUGUUUUAAUUGUUGUAAGUAUUUCGUGGUACAUCGUGGUACACAUAAAAACAAUAGUCUGUUUAUUGUUUUUAUGUGCGCAUUUUCCCCUCGCCAAAAAUUACAGACGGUUAUGUAUCGGGGAAAGCGCUAUGGCAGGCCUCUGUCACUCUUACUACCUGCGUGAAAUGAUUGCCUACAAUCGCGAGACGCCCCCGGGGCAAAACGCAGUCGGGGCUAGCGCAUUCUAUGCGAUUGAAUGUUAAAGUUUUCUAAAGCUGUUUACUCGUCGAAAUAGUUGUAUAUGUUAUAAAGAUUGUAUAGAUAAUCCAGAGCUUAUGCAAGAGAUCACAGAAAUGCACAUACAGUGGUAUUUUAAGGCCCCUUCCUGGCCCUCAGCAGGCUAUGGGAGGCGGCCGUUAAAAGUCUAAAAUAUCACCUGAAACGCGUUAUCGGUGAACAGAGACUGAUUUAUGGCUACAGAGGCUUCUUAAAUGCAAGACCAUUGUGCGCCAUGAAUUAAGACCCAGACAACCUGCACUAUUUGAAACACUUCCUAGCCACUUGCUAGGAAAUGUGUUGACGAUAUUUGAUACAGAGCAAGAUCUACGAACAAGAUGGUACUUUUGUUAAAAAAUUUACAACGACAUAUGGAAACGAUGACGUUCAGAGUACUUGAUUUAACUAAAUUUACGUAGCAAGUGGCAAAGGGAAAAAAAUAUCAAGAUCAACGACGUCGUGCUCGUCCACGAAGACAACUUACCUCCAGGACAGUGGACGAUGGGUCGCGUCGUCGAACUUCAUCCCGGCUUUGAUGAGCAAGUGAGAGUGGUCACAAUUAAAACCAUCAAUGGCUACCUCAUAAGGCCGGUAGUGAAUUAUCGCUACUACGUGUAAAUCAAGACUCAAAUUGCAGCGAUAAUAAGUAAUAACACAAACAAACCAUCAUCAAUCAAGAACGAUCAACAAACAAGAGCGCCUCAAUCUACUAAGAAACCUCAAGUUCAUUUUUCGUCGCUGGCGUUGUCUAUGCUAUUUUUCUUGAGCAUACUUAGCACUUCGUCAUGUUCUUUUCUUAACACACCUCUGAAGUCAAACCAAGGAAUAUAUUUCGACAAAUUCUCUGACAUCCAAGUAAUAAAAGACGAAUGGACCAUGAUCGUCUAUUAUGACAUGAGCCCCUACUGGCAAGGGAUGAAGACCUUUGAACAAUAUUUUAAUUACUUGUAAGGAACAUGCGAUAAAUUACAAAAAGACAAACACACACACACACAAAUUACAAUACAAAUUACAUACAAUAUAUACAAAAUACAAUACAACUAAAAUACAAAUUUUUAGUAAUGUUUAUAGACUAUUGAAACAUCGGUAAGCAGUCAACAUCAAAGGAGUGCAACUUCUGUACGUACUCGUAGUACUAUUAUUUAUUGUGGCUAUGGCUACUCCCCUCCGGUCCGCCGGUGCCGUGUUGUGCUAUGUUCUAGAAUAAAGGUUUCACAUUGGCCGAUAACGACACUGACACACUCAUACACUUAGAAAAUACUGGCGUAUAUUUUAAGUUUAUGGACACACCUAAUUAAAAUAAUUAAUAACAUUGUUUUGAUAUUUUAAGGUAGAAGAAAAUGGACUACUCUAAUGCCAGUCCGCACUCUCUGCCAGUCUAAUCAUCGCGUGGUGAAAACAAAAUUUAAAUUUUAACAACGAACAAAUUAAGAUUUUACUUUUCAUAUCGGUGUCGUUAAAGGUAAUAUUGUUACUUCAAACGAUUUUGGUGAAAGUAACUAUACAACGUGCAAAUGUUUCAUAAUAAAUGCAUGAUUACCUGUGAUGCCGAAAUUGGAUAAUGUUAUCAUCUGAUAUACAAGCACCUUAAUAAACCAAUAGUAAGUAUUUGUUAAUAUUGGUGAACAUAUUAGUGAACCACGAAUAGUACACAUUAUAUUAUAGUUCCUAAAAUUGUAAAUAGCAAAUACAAAGACAAUAUAAUUAAUAAAAUUGAUCGCUGUUAAAUUGAAGUUGUUAGAACCCAAUUUGCUAAUGAAAUAAAACGAUGAGUCUUGCUUAGUUUGAAGAGCCCCUCCCGCCCUCCCUCAGUUGCAUGCACUAUUCACGUCACAGCACCACUACACCCAACACCAAUACACUAGGAUAGACACACCACCAUCGAUAAUACGACACGUGUUUUGCCUCAACAUCCUCAGGUGAAUUAGACUCUGCGGUGGCUAGCCGCUAAGUCACAUAGGAGUAGUGGUGGUGGGAUUCGUGGUGACGGCGAUAGUCCACGCAAUUGAGGGAGGGCGGGAGGUUAUCUUCAAACUAGACACGUUACGCUGAAAUAAUCAAAUUCAGUUCUAACAACUAUAAUAUAAUGAAUUUCCGCAAAUUAGCGCCUGAUUCUAUAAAAUAGCCUUUAAAUUUAAAAGAAGAGAAUAUUAUGUCCCUUUGGCUGUGUCAUACGAGUAAGAAAUGGUUGAAAAAUAUUUCUUCGAAUAUCUAUUAAAUUGAUAUGUAUUUACACAAUAUUAAUUGGGUAUAAAAUAUUUUAGUUUGUUUGUAAAUCUGUAGCAAUUAUAAUAAUUAAACAAUGUGCAAUGUUGUGUAAAUGGGAGUAGUUUACGCCUACAAACAGUUUCAGUUUGACAGUCUACAUACUGUGAAGUAUUCUACGAUUAUGUUGUUAUUGUUAAUAAAUAAAAGAUGUAAUUAUUCCUUAUAAUAUAUUGUUCUAAUUUAAGUUU